AUGAAGGGGCUUUCUUAUUUGGGGAAGUUACCUUAUGAUGGUAAAUUCUUUCAUGUCCGUUGUUGUGCACACAUUCUUAAUAUACUAGUCCAAGAUGGGUUGUCUGAGAUUGAGAGUGUGAUUCAUGAUGUGAGAGACUCUGUGAAACAUAUUUCAGCCACUCCUCUUAGAAUCCAAAUGUUUAGUGAGACAACUAAACAGAUGCGUCUUCCAUGCAAAAAAUUAGUAUUGGACUGUUGUACUAGAUGGAAUUCAACCUAUGAGAUGCUACGUUGUGCUUUGGAGUUCAAAGAUGCUUUCCCUCGCUACCAAGAGAAAGAUUCAUCUUACAAGAAUAAUCCUUCAAGUGAUGAUUGGAACAUGGUUCAAAAGGUGUGCAACUUCCUUGAGAUUUUCAGCGAGAUCACUCAUAUAAUAUCAGGAUGUGAGUAUCCUACAUCCAAUUUAUUUCUUCCCGAGCUUACAUUAAUCAAAGAGACGUUGGAUGAGAAUUCUGUUUCUAGUGAUACUGACAUGAAGAGAAUGGCACUCAAAAUGAAAAAGAAAUUUGACAAGUAUUGGGGUGACCUUAACUUGUUGAUUGCUGUGGCUGCUGUAAUGGAUCCUAGGAAUAAAAUGAAGUUAAUUGAGUUCUCUUUCCGUGCUCUUUAUGGUGAUUUUGAAGCUAAUGAACAUAUAUUUUCUGUUAAAGCAACUUUAUAUGACAUUUAUAGAGAAUAUAUGGAUGCUUUUUCUAAUGAGAGUGCUGUGAAAGACUAUCAAGUUGGUGUUGAGGAUAAUGCAGAGAACAUAAGUAGAGCUUCUAAUUCCAAUGUGGGUGCGAAGGGGGCAAGUAGUGGACGAAAGAAAUUUGAUAGUUUUAUAAGAAGUGUUGAUGUAGUUGAGUCCUUAAAGUCGGUGCUUGAUAUCUAUUUAGAGGAUGUUGUUUUUAUUUGUAGUGAGAAUGAGACAGAAUAUUUUGAUCCCUUAGAUUGGUGGAGAGAAAAUAACUUGAAGUACCGAAUCUUGUCGAGGAUGGCAUGUGAUAUCCUUGCCAUUCCAAUCACAUCUGUUGCUUCUGAAUCAACAUUCAGUGCUGGUGGACGUGUGAUUGAACCACAUAGAGCCUGCCUUGGUCCUGACACUGUGCAAAUGCUGUUAUGUGGGGAAGAUUGGCUUAGAAAUUACUAUGGGAUUCAUAAGAAAAAGAAGGCAUAUGAAGAUGGGCAGAAGGAAAUACUCUUUUAA